AUGCCAUAUCAAAACCCCAUUUUACAUAUCACUCUCCUCUUGUUGUUACUCUUUCAUGUUCUACUCAAUGCAGCUCCCAUGAGUUGCAAAUCCACCAUUGAGCCAUGCUCCAACAUUGACUCGUGCAAUGCUCUUCUUGGCUACACCCUUUACACUGACCUCAAAGUCUCUGAAGUUGCAUCACUCUUCCAAAUAGAUUCCACUGCUCUUCUAACUGCCAAUGCCAUUGACAUCUCUUACCCUGAUGUAGAGCAACACAUUCUCCCUUCACAGCUAUUCCUUAAGGUCCCCAUCACAUGUUCCUGUGUUGAUGGGAUCAGAAAAUCAGUGUCCACCCAUUAUAGGAUUCACCCUUCUGAUACUGUCUCUUCCAUUGCAGAUUCAAUAUAUGGGGGUCUAGUUUCUCCUGAUCAGCUUAUGGAAGCUAAUUCCAUAGCUGAUCCUUCAGUUCUUGAUGUCGGUCAGAGCCUUUUGGUGCCUCUUCCUUGCACUUGCUUCAAUGGGACUGAUAACUCUUUGCCUGCAAUUUAUCUCUCCUAUGUGGUUCAGUCAAUUGAUACUUUGGCUGCAAUUGCAGAUAGAUAUUCCACCACUCUUACUGAUUUGAUGAAUGUUAAUGCCAUGUGGACUACAGCUAUCUCUGAUGGUGAUAUUCUCGCUGUUCCAAUACCUGCUUGUGCAUCAAAUUUUCCAAAAUAUGUCUCUGAUUUUGGUUUGCUUGUCCCUAAUGGAAGCUAUGCAAUUACAGCAAGUCACUGUGUGCAGUGUAGUUGUGGACCACGAAAUUUAAAUUUAUACUGCAUGCCAGCUUCUCUAGCUGUCUCUUGCUCAAGCAUGCAAUGUAAAAGCAGCAAUCUUAUGCUUGGGAAUGUUACUAUACAACCGAGUAGUUCUGGUUGCAGUGUUACCGCUUGCAAUUAUGAUGGUUUCGUUAAUGGCACCAUAAUAACUACUUUGUCACCAUCUCUUCAGCCUCGAUGUCCAGGACCACAGCAAUUCCCUCUACUUAUAGACCCACCUACAUCUGUUGCAAGGAAAUCGGUAUAUGCCUUAGCCCCAUCACCAUCCCCAUCAUCCCAAUCAGAUCUAACAGCAUCCAAAUCUUCGGUUGUGCCUGCAACAGGGUCAUUUCCUGGAUUCUCACCUGCAAAUGGCCCUGUUAGUGGCAUUGCUUCUGCUACUUCUGCCACUUCUGCUGCUUGCUCCUUGAUGAAUCUGUUGCCCAUUUUGAUGUCUGCAUUUAUGUUAUUGCUUGUAAAGUUGAUGAUCCCUUUGGCCUUGUAA